UCUCCUCUUUCCCACACCACAUCCUCCCUACUUAAUUAUUAUUGUUACUAUUAAUUCCUCUCCCUCUCCACAACUAUUGUCUCCUUACUCUGUAGUUCUCUACCUCCCAUGGCUGAUCUAAGCUUCAUUGUGGGAAUUGUGGGUAAUGUGAUCUCCAUAUUAGUCUUUGCAUCUCCAAUCGAUACGUUUCGUCGCAUAGUGAAGAAGAAAUCAAUUGAGAACUUCAAAGGGUUACCCUACGUGAUCACUCUAUUAAGCACUUCUCUAUGGACUUUCUACGGUCUCCUCAAGCCCGGGGGCCUUCUAAUCGUCACGGUGAAUGGCGCGGGCGCUGCACUAGAAGCUAUUUACGUGACUAUUUUUCUUAUCUACGCCCCGAAUGAUAUGAGAAUGAGGAUGGUAAAGUUGGUGGGGUUGUUGAACGUGGGGUUUCUCGGGGUGGUGGUGCUGGUGACGCUCCUGGCGUUGCAUGGGGGCGUCCGCAUAGUUGUCGUGGGGGUCCUAUGCGCCGGGUUGACUAUAGGAAUGUAUGCGGCACCACUCGCGGCCAUGAGUAUGGUGGUGAGAACAAAGAGUGUGGAGUACAUGCCCUUCUUUCUCUCCUUCUUCCUCUUCCUCAAUGGUGGGGUUUGGAGCAUUUAUUCAGUGCUAGUGAGAGAUUAUUUCAUUGGUGUCCCAAAUGCCAUUGGGUUCGUCUUGGGUUCAACUCAAUUGAUCCUCUAUGCCAUUUAUAGAAAGAAAACACCGCCACCGCCGAAGAAGGCGUCGGAGCCGGACGAGGAGGAGGGCUCAGCACACCUAAUGACCCAAGCGGAAAUGGCCCAACUAAAGCCCUUGAGUAAAGGGGCUAGCCUACCGAAGCCGGCCCGUCAACAUAGCCUAACUAACAACAUCAUGAAGUCUCUUUCCACGACUGCUUAUGAACUACAAUCAAUUUGGUAUCAGAACGAGUAUAUAAAGAGUCCAGAGGAGAACCACCUCUCGAAAUGAACCUAAGUAGUUGUCUUUGACUCUUACUAUGAGAUCAAGUGUACACAUGAACAUAAAUUUCAUUAUCUAUACACUUUCAAACUAUGUACAAUUUCAGAAGUUACUCUCUUUUUUGUGUGAUUGUAGUAAUUAAGCAUAUUCUGCUAGCUGUAAUGGGAUGUUAUUAUUUAUUAUUUAUGAGGAAAAAUUAUGAGGAUGAACCUAUUUGUUGCACUAA